AUUUCAAAUUUUAACUGAAAGUUAGGAUAUGUCAUUUAAUUAUUGUUUAAAGUUUACGUACUGUCAGCCUACGGUUAUAUUCAAAUUAAUAGCAAAAUAAUCAUUUUUCUGCUUUAUAAUAGUUUUUAAUAAUCAUGUCAACAGCUGGAAAUGUUCAGCAAUUACAACAAGAUUUACAAAAUGAACUGACCACUGCAAAUCAACUUUUAAGGCUUAUAUCAUUAGAGGUGCAAAAAAUUAAAAAUUUUACUAAUCCAGGUGGCGAGUUUGAGGAGAACAUAAAACAGAAUGUCUCAACAAUAGCAAGUCUUGCAAAUAUUCAGCAGAUAAAUAUAACAAACUUGCCUCCGGUAAAACACCUUCAACUGGAUUUAAGCCAACAUACAAAUCAGAAUAUGUCUUAUGAACAGCAUGACAGUUUUAGAAACAGUAUGGAUGAAUCUCAGUAAUUCAUUAUUAUUUUUUAUUAAUAUGGUAAAAAAAUUGAUGUUGUGAAUAAUUAUUUAAUUUCUAUAUUGAACGUUGGAAUUCUUAGUUUUUGGUUGAUUUGAUUUGAAAUUUGUGAUUGAAAGUGUUGAAUAAAGCCUUUUUUUAAUGUCA